AUGUUUGGGGCUGCACACAACAUCCUUGCAGAGCCGGCAUCAUCCUGCUCCAAGGACAGCCUUGCACCAGCUCAGCUAUGUGACUGCCGCAGCGCUGGCUACUGUUUCCAUAUCCGUCUGGGAUCCUCCAGCGGCCAUGGGGUACACCCCUACGGUGGGAGCCCAGAGCCUGAAACCUCCCGCUGCCCUCCUUCCCGGGACACACCGUCUGUGAUGUGCCUGCAAGGGAUGCUGCCUGGCCCUCCCUCCUUUGUUCCUACAGUGCACACAGCUGCCCCCUCUGGCCCUGCCCUAGCCACCGCGCUGGGGAGAGAUCGCCCUGCCCUGGGAACAGUGCCCAGCUCCUGCGGUGUCUGCCGCUCAUCCCAGUGGGUGUGCUCAAGCAGGCUCCUCAGGCUUUUGUCUGGUUACUUGCCAGGUGUGGUCUUGAUCGUUCUUGGUCAUCUGGCGCUACCUCUGCUGUUCCCCCAGCGAUACCUCAGUGCCUGCAUCUGCAGUGUGAAAGAGAUCACCCAGACGAAGAGCGCAUGCUUGAUGAUCCUGUGCCUGAUCUUCUUAGCCGCUGUUGCUGGUGCCUACUUUGGGACCUUUCUGCCAAUAUGGAUGGUGCUGCCGCAGGAGGUGUCAGAGGUCAUGCCAGACAAGCCUGUGAAUGAGUUGACGUCUCUGCGGAACUCAUUCAGCAUGCUGGGGAAACAAGCGGAGGGGGUGCAAGAGCUGAGGACGGCGGUUACAAGCCUGGUUGCAGACCUGAGAAGUGUGGAGAAGGAACUUCAGGACCUAAGAAUGGCAAUGUCUGCAAUGCCUUUGGAAGAGAGCAUCCAGAUGUCUGCCUGGAUUCUGAAAAGCAAAGGGACCGUCAUCGACCUGCAGAGAUCCCCCAGGAGCUAUAUGUGGCCCUGCAGUGUGUUCCGUUUUGCUUGUGAUUCAAACCAUCUGGAUACUUUUGUGCAGAUGGAUAUUUCCCCAGGAUACUGCUGGCCUUUCCAAGCACCUCAGAGCCAGGUGGACAUUCGGUUGCCCACACAAGUCCAACCAACAGCGAUCACUGUGCAGCAUCCCUUGAAGGUGUCCUCUGGGCUUGGGGGCAUCAGCAGCGCCCUGCGAGAUUUCACCGUCUCUGGAAUGGAUGGGGAAGAGGAAACUCUGCUCGGGACUUUCACCUAUGACAUAGCGGAACAGCCGAUCCAGACCUUCCCUCUGCAGAAUGAGCUUUCCAGGGCUUUUCAGUUUAUCAGACUUGCCAUACGGAGCAACUGGGGUGAGUCGUCCAACACCUGCAUUUAUCGAGUGAAGGUUCAUGGGAAGGUAGUGGAAAUGAAUGCUGCCGGCAGGGGACAAGGAGACCUCCUCCUCCAGAAACAAAAGGAAGGAAAAGCCUCCAAGCCAAGGAGCAUGGCUGGUUUUUAGCGUGGAGCAGAGCAAUGUUGCUCCACAGGCCGGCUCAAAGACAUAGCGGGAAACGUGGCCAGGCCUGUUGGAAACUUAAAAACAUUUCUUGUAAAGGCCCAGGCAAGA